AUGCAUGAUGAAAAAUAUAGAUCCAUUUAUGAAGAUAUCAUCACAUAUCAAAACCUUAAUGCUGUUUUUAUUCUAUUCAAAAGGAACAAAAAAAUUAUCUUUCCAUGGGCUGCUGCAUUUCCCCAAACUAUAGAUAUUUUCAAAAACAAUACAUUUUCUAACAAAGAUAAUCGCACUAAUUGUGGAAUUAUUCUUUUCGCAAGUAAAGCGCAAAAUUCUGAUAUUUGUAGAUUAUUACUUGAGUCAUACAAUCAAAUUAUAGUCGACAAUAAUGAAAAAGAUAUUAACAUCAAUGAAAAAGAUAAAUAUGGAAAUACAGCACUUUAUUAUGCAACAAAGAAUAAUAAUAAAGAAACAAUCGAGUUCCUUCUUUCUCAUGGUGCAGAUAUCAAUGAAAAAUAUAAAUUAGGGCAAACAGUACUUUAUUAUGCAACAAUUCAUGGUAAUAAAGAAAUAUUUGAAUUUCUUAUUUCACAUGAUGCAAAUAUUAAGGAUUCUCUCCAAGUGAAGUGA